CUAUGUUGUAUGUCUUUUGACUUAAAAUCAGCAUUUCAUCUCAUAUUAAUGUGUUUUAUUUUCUUUUCAGUCUUGACAGUUGGAAAAAGAGACAUCAUUUUCCUCAUUGACAGUACAAUGGGUGCAACACUUAUCAACUCCGUGCGUGAAUUCAUCAAGCGGUUUGUCGACACCAUGCCAGUUGGUCCAGAUGACGUUCAAGUGGGUGUGGCCCAGUUCAGCAAUGUUCCUAGACUUGAGAUGGACCUCAAUUCCUAUGGAUCCAGGGAGGAAGUGACUGCUGCUUUGGGCAGAAUUAAACCAAAACAAGCUGGUACAGUCAACAUUGGAGCAGCCUUGGACUUUGUGCGGACGAACAUGCUGCAGCCUGAGAAGGGCAGUCGUAUGCAACGGGGAGUACCUCAGCUUGUUCUGUUGAUGACCAGUAAAAAGUCCAGUGACAGUGUGGAAGGACCUGCUAGGGCCCUGCAGCAACUAGGUGUACUGACCCUGGCUGCAGGUUCCAAGGCUGCAAAUGAGCAGGAGCUGAAGGAAAUCGCCUUUACUGACAGCCUUGUGUUCAUGCUGAAGGACUUCCGCAUACUGCUUCGCAACCCAAGGGCAAUUACUGAUGCUCUCUCUACUUUGGCUGGAACGGUGGUGAUGACUGAAGAACCCACUGAACCAGUGAUAGAGAUAACCACAGUGCAGACUCAAAAAGUGGUCCGAGACAUUGUCUUCCUUGUGGAUGGGUCAAGCUACAUUGGCAGCACUAACCUACCCUAUGUGCGGGACUUCAUUAUCAACGUGGUCAACCAGCUGGAUAUACGUCCUGACAGGGUCCAGAUUGGUCUCAUGCAGUUUUCUGAGCAACCACAGAUUGAAUUUUAUCUGAACACCUUCCGUAGCAGGGAAGAAGUUGUGGAUAGAAUCUCACAACUCAGGCUGACUGGAGGCUCGGUCUUGAAUACAGGAGCUGCCAUGAAUUACGCCCUUGCCAACAUGUUCCAGCCAAACACAGGGUCACGGAGGAGGGAGGGAGUCCAGCAGGUGUUGGUUCUGAUCACAGGUGGUCCAGCACAGGAUGAGGUUAAAAGUGUAGCCGAUAAAUUGGCUCUUGGUGGUGUUUUGACCUUCACAGUCAGUUCUGGACAAGCAGAUAGUACCUUACUGAGAUCAGUUGCCUUUGUGCCAGAUUUGGCUUACCAUGACACAAGCUUCGCUAAUUUACCAGCUAUGGCUGAACAAAUCAUGCCAAAGUUGAUAACAGUGGUUGGCGAUACAGAUGUGACAGCGACAUUCCCAGGUGAUCCUGUCACUGUUCCUGGAUCUGAAAGGGAUGUUGCCUUCCUCAUUGAUGGCACGGACAGUGUUCGAGCAGAUUUUGCCUACAUCAAGGAUUUUAUCAUUAAAGUAAUUGAACCACUUGAUAUUGGGAUUGACAAGGUACGAGUUUCUGUGGUUCAACACAGUGAGAGGCCAACACCAAGUUUCUUCCUUAACAGUUUUCAAACCAAAGAUGAAGUGCUGAGAGCUGUUAAUGCAAUGACACUGUCUGGUGGACGUAGCCUAAACACUGGAGCUGCUCUGAAAUACAUGAAGGACACCAUCUUGUCAGAAAGGCAAGGUAGCCGGGCUGCACAAAAUGUCCCCCAGUUCUUGAUUGUCUUGAUUGGAGGCAAAUCAAGGGAUAACGUAAAGGAACCUGCUGGUGCCCUGAAGACGGAAGGAGUCGUACCAUUUGGUGUUGGUGUCAAGGAUGCGGACCGAAAGCAGAUUGAGGCCAUUUCACACAACCCUUCCUUUGCCUUCAAGGUGAACGAAUUCAGUGAGCUUAGCACCGUACCAGGAAGACUCAAUACCUACGUGAGCCUUCCAAGUCAAGAACUCAAGAUCGUCCUACAGCAAGUUGAGUCGCAGGGUCCCCGGAAGGAUAUUGUCUUCCUUGUUGAUGGAUCUGAUGGUGUUGGACGGGAAUUCCCUAUCAUCCAGGAGUUCAUCCGCCGUGUUGUCGAGAGUCUCAAUGUGGGCGAAAAUAAGAUCCGGAUCGGAGUGGUCCAGUAUGGUGACUCAGCACAGCCUGACAUGUAUCUGAACACACGUACAACCAAACAAGGUGUUUUGAAUGCCAUCAAGGAAAUGAGGCAUCGGGGAGGAAGACAACGGAACCUGGGCCGGGCCUUGGAGUUUGUCGGUCAGGAUGUUCUGACAGCAGGACGAGGUAGUAGGAAGCAAGAAGGUGUACCGCAGUUUUUAAUUGUUGUCUCCAGUGGAUCUUCUACAGAUGACAUCAGUCGUGCAGCAUCUUCCCUCAAACAAUCUAGAGUUCUUCCCUUCAGCAUUGGAACCAGGGAUGUUAAUCCUCAACAGCUCCAGGUGGUGUCUUAUGUGCCUAACUUUGCCUUCAAAGUAGAUGACCUCCCUGGCCUAUACACAGUACAGGAAAACUUAAUCAACACUCUCACUGAGUUGUCAGAUGAUGACAUCGCCAGGAUGCGUCCAGUAUAUCCAACCAUUGAUGUAAUCACAACAGUCACUACAGGAGAAGAAAAAAGAGAUGUCGUGUUUCUAAUUGAUGGCACCACAGCAGGACGUAGUGAGUUCGCUUCAAUCCGUGAAAUGAUAAGAAGAGUUGUGGAGAAGUUGGAUGUAGGCCUGGAAAAAGUCAGAGUUUCAGUGGUACAGUACAGUGAUGAUGCAAAAUUAGAAUUUCUUCUGAAUCAACACUCCACCAAAGAGGAGGUACGCACAGCUGUGGCGAAACUCCGAAGCAGAGGUGGGAACCGUCUAAACACAGGUCGUGCUCUUGAAUGGGUCUCCAGAAACAUUUACCAGAGGUCAGCAGGAAGCCGCAUUGAAGAUGGUGUGCCUCAGUUCCUCAUCCUAGUUACAGGCGGCAAGUCUUCAGAUGAUGUAUCCACUCCAGCAGACCAACUUAAGAGAAACUACAUUGCACCUCUUGCUAUUGGGUCAAGGAAUGCUGACCCUAAUGAACUGAGACAGAUUUCCCUGAGGCCUGAACUUGUAUAUACAGUUGACAGUUUCCAGCAGCUUCCAAGUGUGGAGCAGAAGCUCAUUAAUUCAGUCAAAACAAUAUCUACCGCUGAUAUCAUCAGUAGCUAUGUUCCUGCCCCUAACUUAAAUCUCGGGAGAAAGGACAUUAUUUUCCUAAUUGAUGGCUCAGACAAUACAGGUCAGGCUGGUAUUGCUCAUAUCCGUGAUUUCAUCCUCAACACUGUCCAACAACUCGAUGUCCAACCUGAUCAAGUGCGUGUGGCUGUUGUCCAGUAUGCAGACAGAGUUAAAACUGAGUUCUCUCUCAACUCACACAACAACAAGCCAGCUGUUAUCUCUGCUAUCAAAAGACUUCGCCAGAUGGGUGGCCGGUCAUCAGAUCUGGCUGAUGCCAUCGAGUAUGUUAUACAGAAUGAGUUAAAACCCUCUGCUGGUGUUCGUCUGGCUGAGGCCUCCCAGCAUCUUGUGGUUCUCACAGGUGGACGCUCUCGCCAAGAUGUUUCUAUCUAUGGACCACUGCUGAAGGGCUCCAGGGUCAACUGCAUUGGUAUUGGAGCUGGUGGUGCUGACGCAAGGCAGCUAUCCCAGAUUUCAACUUCCUCAGAGGAUGUCCUUCAGGUUCCUACAUUCCCUGGCCUGCCAGCAAUCAAGGACAGGUUUAUUGCAAGGUUGAGUGGGACUUUCGAAGAGGAGCCUCCCACAAUCUGGAAUGAGGAUCCAACAUCCCUUCCUCCACCUAAAAAGGCUGAUAUCGUGUUUUUGGUGGAUGGCUCCAUUAACUUGGGCAGGGAAAACUUCAAUGAAGUGAUGUCAUUUAUCAUCAACCUGAUUGAUCUGUUCUUCAAUGAGAGAGACGACCUGAGGAUUGGCCUGGCACAUUAUGCCACAGAUGUGACUGAUGUCUUCUACCUCAACACCUACAAAAACAGGCAAGAUAUUGUUAGCGCUAUUGGCCGAACGGAUUACAAAGGUGGACGAACACUCAAUACUGGUGAUGCCAUUCGCCACGUUCAAAAUGUUCAUUUCACCAAAGCAAAGGGCAGUCGGAAGGAUGAGGGUACUCCUCAGAUCCUUAUGGUUAUCACUGGAGGACGCUCAUCUGGUGACAGCAAAUCAGCAGCACUUGCUCUAAAGAGUACUGGUGUUAGAAUCUUUGCUGUAGGAGUGGGUGACACUGGGAAUGAGUUAGAAAACAUAGCAAGCGAGUCAUCCACUGUGGCUCGGGCAAGCACCUUUCAGGAGCUUUCAGAGCUGAAUGAGCAAAUCCUGGAGACUUUGGAUGAUGAAGUGAAGGGGAAGCUGUGUGUUGGUACGGCAGAACCUACUAAAACCUGCAGCGUCGAGGUUUUGGUGGGCUUUGAUGUUUCUGCCCAGAAUAUCUUCAAUGCUCAAACCAGCCUCCAGAGCAAGAUGGAUGCCAUUCUGCGGAGGAUUUCCAAGAUGGAUGCUAUCACUUGCUCAUCAGGCCAGAUUCCCACUGUGCAAGUAGGCAUGCUGGCCCUGGACUCUGCCUCUGAGCCUGUCCUGCUGGAAUUCACAGACAAUGCUGAUGAGCUCAUUGAGGCCUUCAAAGCCCUACGCAAUCGUGGCCCCUUUGUCCUCAAUGGCAAGACCAUCUCAGCUUACACAAAUAGGUUCAAAAGCAGACCGGAUAAUGUUGUGAAGGUUGUCAUUCAUCUGACUGAUGGCCUUGAUGGGCCAUAUGCUGAUAUGAAAAGGCGAGUUGAAGAGCUGCGACUGUCAGGAGUGAACAGUUUCAUUCUUGUCGGAAUGGAGCGGGUGCCCAAAUUUGAGGAGGUUUCAUUAUUGGGAUAUGGGCGAGGUUUCAGGUACACAAGACCCCUACGAACCAAUAUCAUGGAAUUGGACUAUGAGCUAAUGGAAGAACUGGACAAUAUUGCAGAGAGGGAGUGCUGUGCAGUGCCAUGCAAAUGUACUGGCACCAGAGGAGACCGAGGGGGAGUUGGAACUUCAGGGCCUAAGGGCGGUCCAGGAUUACCAGGAAGCCAAGGGCAUCCUGGAGAUGAGGGUGGACCUGGAGAGAGAGGUCCUCCUGGUGUAAAUGGAACUCAGGGUUUCCAGGGAUGUCCUGGACAAAGGGGCGUCAAGGGUUCCCGUGGAUACUCAGGAGAAAAGGGUGAACUUGGAGAAAUUGGCCUUGAUGGCAUCAAUGGAGAAGAGGGCAAAAGUGGAGUGGCUGGACCCCCAGGAGAAAGAGGAAACUUUGGCAGAAGAGGUCCUAAAGGUGCCAAAGGACAAGCAGGAGACAUAGGAGAUACGGGAAUCAGAGGAGACCCUGGUACAAGUGGACCGAAUAACAACCAAGCAGGACCUAAAGGAGACCCUGGUGAUGCUGGACCAGCGGGAGAGGCUGGUGUGGAUGGAAAGAAGGGAACACCUGGAGAACCUGGAAGAAGGGGAAAUGAUGGCAGAAGAGGCGCACCUGGACAAGCUGGAACUGCUGGAAAGCCAGGAGCUGAUGGUGAAGUGGGAGAACCUGGUAUUGGAGGAUCAAGAGGUCCAGCUGGACCGAAUGGUGCACCCGGACCCAGAGGAGAAGAUGGGAACCCGGGACCCCGAGGUCCCGGAGGUAAACCAGGGUCCGCUGGAGAAAAAGGCAGAAGAGGCGGUCUUGGUCGCAAGGGAGAGCCAGGAGAUCCCGGACCUAAAGGUGUUGUUGGACCCCUUGGCCCCCGUGGAGAGCCUGGUGGAGAUGGCAGAGAUGGGUUUGGUAUUCCAGGGCCUGGUGGAAGAAAGGGUGAUGAAGGUUUCCCAGGAUUCCCAGGACUAAAGGGAGCAGCUGGUGACUCCGGCACCAAGGGUGGACCUGGACGUAAAGGAAAUAAUGGACAGAGGGGUGUCUCUGGAGAUAGCGGUCCACCUGGACAGAAAGGAGAGGUUGGAUACUCUGGACCAAAUGGUCAGAAAGGGCCGAGAGGACCAGGUGUUGUGCAAUGUGACCUGGUCAAGAAGAUCAGAGACAACUGUCCUUGCUGUUAUGGUCAGCAGGAAUGCCCGCUCUACCCCACUGAGCUAGCCUUUGCCCUGGAUGCCUCUCAGGGUAUCGGUCGCCCUAUCUUCAACAACAUGCGUGACACAGUCCUGCGCAUUGUCCAAGAUAUCACCAUCACUGAGAGCAACUGUCCAAGAGGAGCUCGUGUUGCUUUGACUUUGUACAACAACGAGGUGACCACUGAGAUCCGGUUCGCUGAUAGAAUGAAGAAACGUGACCUGGUGCAGCGCAUCGAGGGAUUGCAGCCCCUCCAGACCCGCAAAGAGCGCAACCUAGAGUCUGCCAUGAGCUUUGUGGCCCAGAACACCUUCAAGAGGGUCCGCAGUGGUUUCCUCAUGAGGAAGGUAGCCGUCUUCUUUGUUGGCAGCCAAGUCACGGACACACAAGCAGUUACAAACGCAGCUCUCCGCCUCCAUGAUUCAGGAAUUGCCACCCUGUUCUUAGUCAACCGUGAGGACUCAAAACUUGCCAGAGCAUUGCGGGUCAACAACACUGCAUUGGGCCAGGUAAUUGUUCUUCCCAGCGCUGGAGGAGCACAGUACAAUUCAGUCAUCCAGAAGGUUAUGAACUGCCAUGUCUGCCUCGACAUCUGCGCUCCAGACCAAAUAUGUGACUAUGUACCCCCAACAACCAACCGGGAUAAGCGGUCUUCCACCACAGACGUGGACAUCGAUAUGGCAUUUGUCAUGGACAGCUCUGAGUCUACAUACCCAACUGUAUUCACUGAGAUUAAACGCUACAUAGCGCACAUAGUGGAGCAUCUGCAAGUGUCUUCAAAUCCCAAGUCAUCUGUUCACCAUGCUAGAGUGUCAGUGAUCCAACAAGCACCUUUUGAGUUCCUUUACAACAAAACUGGCUCUCCCAUCCAUGUGGAUAUUGGCUUGACUGAGCACCAGUCAUCUCAGGAUAUUGUCAAAUUCCUGCUGGAGAAGACACCGCAGCUAGAAGGUGGCCGCUCACUGGCAGCGGCUAUUCAAUCAACAGUGGAACAGGUGUUUGAGAAAGUGCCUCACCAACGUGACCGGAAAGUACUCAUGCUCUUUGUAACAGGAAAUGUGGAAGAGGAAGAAGUGCAGCUGGUGCGUAUUGCCACUGAGAUCAAAUGCAGAGGCUACUUCCUGGUCAUCAUGGGCGUGGGUGAGACAAUCAGUGCUGGGGAUGCUCGUGUCUUGGCAAGCAUGGCCAGUGAGCCUUCAGAUGUCUUCUUCAAGAGACUGGACAGCCUCUCACAAUUUUACGAUAGUCAAAUUCAGACCUUUGGCCAGCUGCUGCCAAAAUAUAUCAGCAUCGAAAAUGCUUUCUACAUGUCCCCUGAAGUCUCCAAAAACUGCAAGUGGUUUCAGAGUGACCAGCCACUAAAAAACCCAUUUACAUCAUCACACGAACAGGAGAAACAUCAGAAGCAUCAUGAGAAACAUCAAGCAGUUCAACCAACAAAGCACAAAGACGCAGAAGAGCUGCACGUCUCCAACAUCACCUCCAACAGCUUGAAAUUACGUUGGAGCAGCCCAGACCCCAAGCUCUUUGUCUACUUUGAGGUGGUGGUGACACGGCUGCAUGACCACGUGCUGGUGCUGAAGACCAACGUGUCCGGCACAGAGCUUACUCUGGACAACUUGAAGAGUGGUCAGUCAUAUCACGCUGUGGUCUCUGCCUACACUGCAGAUGGUCAUGUUGUCUCCACCCGCAAAGGCAUCAUCACUACCAAGACAGCAGUGCAUAAGCCAUCCAGCCGUCGUAGCAGCACUGUAAAUACAAGACCACUGGACAAACCAGAGAUUGUUAAUGAAUUUGCGGACCCAUGCUCGUUUGACUAUGACCCUGGAAUGCCAUGCAAAGACUAUCAGGCUAAGUGGUUCUUUGACAGAAAGCACGGGAUCUGUACUCAGUUCUGGUAUGGAGGUUGUGGAGGCAAUGAGAAUAGGUUCGACACUGAAGCCCUCUGCUUGAAACGCUGCAUGAGGACAGUGCCAGUUGCAGAGCCUCAGCGCAGAGUAAAGCAGGUUGAGCAGAUAGAGAUCCUCCCGGCUCCUGUGGCUUCUACAACUGUGGACAUUUGCCAGCUUCCCAAGGAGGAAGGCACUUGUGCCAAAUUUGUCCUCAAGUGGCACUAUGAUGCCCCCAGCAAGAGCUGCACACGCUUCUGGUACGGAGGCUGCGGUGGAAACCAAAAUCGCUUUGACACACAUGAGCAAUGUCAAAAGGCUUGUGGAAAACAAGCACCCGUCAACCAAGGAGUCCGCGCUGCAAUAAGAACAUAGGACAAAGUUAGAAAGAUGGCCAGCUUUUUACCUCUGUUCAGGGGAUUCUGAGGAGAAACAUCCAACAUGGCCACACUAUCGGGAUGCAAUACCAAAGCAAUGGUGGAUGCACUGGAUUCCACAAAAAUAGACUUUAUCCCCUAAAUUCUUGAAGUAGUGUUUUUCACAGCAAGAAGGAAGGCAAAACACGAUUUGCUGCAUGAUUUGUUUUAACCUUCUGGUGCUACAUAGUAUGUUUGUUUUACAGAUGGAGUUGUUAAGUGCAUUCAGUUUUGUAAUGUCAAGUUUCCUGGACCAUCAUAUGAGUAUUUUUAAAAAUGUAGUUUUAUAAUUAAGCAAGAAACAUAUAUGAAUAUCUUGGACAGAGAUCAGCAAUAAAUCAGUACAUGCAGGACUGGCAUUAUUCAAUGCAGUAACUUUUUUUUUAUAUUGUGUUUUUACAUUCCACAUAGCAACAUUGGCUUUAUAUUUUUUAAACUCACUUGAUCCCUGUGGAAUCAUUUUUUCACUAUGUCACAGAAUCCACAGUAAUGUUUACACAAGUCUUGUAUGGCAGUGUGUGUAUUAAAAUGACAGUGACCAGCUGUCCUGAUGCAAAAAAAAAAAAAAAAGAAGAAAAAAGAUUUUAACAUUAAGUGCACUUCUGGAUCCACUGCCUGAAACACACAAGCUCCAGCUAUUGAAAAAUGGAAUGUACUUGUCAAGCUGUUUUUAUUUUUGGUUUUACUGAAAUAUAUGUUUCAUCUGGGUAUUGGGGAAAUAAAAACAAACUAGACUUUCUAAUAAACAUGAGCAACUGAUUAUUUUCUUUCUUGUUU